GCAGCUCAUGUCGACGCAGUUUGUGACGAACGCGGGCGUAACCAACGAGCUCGAGAAGCUGCACCUGGAGAUCAGCAAGUAUGAGAAGGCCGCCGAGGAGCAGCUGACCGACGUCAUCAAGAAGGGGAUCUUGCUCGGUGCGUUCCAGAACGAACACGACCUACAGAAGCACGUCUUCCGCAACCUGCGGAACCUAGCCACCAACCUCGACGUGGAAAGGCCGAAUGGAAAAGGCACAGGCAAGGGUGACGCGGGCAAAGACAAUGAUAAGAAUAGGAACGAGUUCGAGCCGAUGGCGAAGGGCCACCCGAACCAUCCGAGGAAGCGGUGCAGUCGCUGCGAGAAGCGGAACCACAUCAAGGACGACUGCCGCAAGUUCAAGCGGGAGAAUGAGGCCAAGGCGGAAGCAAAGAAGAAGGCCAAGGAUGAGAAGGUCAGCGCCGUGCCUUGGCAGCGGCACUGGCCGCGGGUGGUGGCGCGGGCCCUGCGGGACUUCCUCCUGGGCGCGACGGCGCAGGCCAGCGCUCCGGGCGCGGUCCCGACGGUGCCGACGGGCACGCGCGGGAUCUACGGCCUCUCUGCAGAGCAGGACACGGUCAAGCCGAAUAACAUCUUCGCCCUGACGGCGGAGCACUCGAGGCCGAGGGCGAGGUCGGCGGAGCCCAGUGGGUUCAUGCUAGACUCCGGGGCCCAGAUCACAGCGCUCCCCUACGACAUGCUGAAGGGCAAGGGCUACGUGCUCGCCGAGUCGGGGAUCUCCAGGCUGCGGGCCACCGACGGCGCGGAGGUGCAGCACUACGGCAGCGCGGGCGUUCGGCUGAAGACGGGGCAGGGCGUGAUUCAGAUCUCGGCGGGGGCCGCCGACGUGGAGUUUCCAGCGAUGUCCGCCGACGCGAUUGCGAAGCAGGCAUCGGCGAACCGGAUCAAGCUGAGGAAGGAUCGUGGCACGUGCUACCUGGAGCACGACGAGAUGCUGGGCGGCGCCUUCGAGGGCAAGCGGGCGGUGCGCAUGGCGUGCAUCGGUGAGCUGGGCGAGAGCAUCGGCGGGCUGGGCGGGGCCAUCGGCGAGCAGCUGGGCGAGGAGCUGUACCUCAACGCGACGCGUAGGGCCCUGCGCGCCCAGGUCCCCGCCGCCGAGGCCCGGCAGCAGCUGCCGACGGCGCUCGGACCAGACCCCAGCGAGAACGUCACCUCGAAGGCGAGGGCGCUCGCGAGGCCUGGACAGCCCUCGGGCGAGGAGAGGCGAGCCCGCGCAGUGCACCAUCUCCCUUUCAGGCCGCGGCGCAGCGACUGCGUCGUGGGCCGGGCGAGGGGCGCGCCCCGCGAGGUGAGCGCGAAGCCGAAAGGCGACGACGAGUACCCAGUUGUGGAGAUGGACUUCUUCUACGUGGCCACCGACGAGAUAGCUAGGGAGCGCCCCAUGGUGAACGGCUGCGUCAUGAAGGUCGUCGACUUCAGGGAGCUGGAGCAUAAGGGCCACGGGGGGCUCCCCGCGAUCCUGAUAGCCGUGGGCUGCAGGUCCAACGCCUCAGGCGCGCUCUUCGGCUCCAAGCACAUGGGGGACUGCAAGGCGCACUUCGUGGCUAAACUCAUCGACAGCCGGGGCCGCACGACAGUGAUUCUGCUCGCGGACGGCGAAAAUGCGACCGUCGCUCUGGCGGAGCAGGUUAAGAAGCUCAGGUCGCACUCUACGAUAGUGCGGCAGGGCCCAUCGCACCCAUCCAAGAGCAUGGGGCGCACCGAGGCCAGCAACGGAGCAGCUGCGGGACUACUCCGCACGUUGCGGUUUUCACUCGAGACCGAGCUAGGAUGCAAGCUCGAGCUCUCGGACUCCAUCCUCGCCGUCCUCGCCGGCGCGAUCGGCUGGUGCAUCGCGAGGUUCCAGCCGAGAAACCACGGGGGAUCUAGUUGCAAGUUUCUCUUCGAUCACGAGUGCGUGGGCGGGGUGGCGGAGGUCGGCGAGCAGGUGUGGCACCGUGUCGCGGCCCGAGUCGCGGCGGGCCAGGGCACGUUCGAGGCGCGCUUCGCGAAGGGCACCUGGGUCGGCAAGUCGGAGUUCGACGACCGGCGCCUGGUGGUCGACCUGCAGCGCGGCCUCUUGGAGGUCCGCUCGGUCCGCCGCAUGCCCGAGGAGUUCCGCUGGAACGCUGAGCUCGUGAAGCAGAUCGACGUGGCACCUUGGGCCCCUGUGCCCGAGCGGCUGCGGACGGGGCCGGCGCAGCGAGCAGCGCAGGCGGCGAUUCGAGACAUCGCGCAGGAGAGGCUCGAGGCGAAGCUCGCGGAGGAGGCCAGGGGCGGGGCCGCCCCGGGCGCCCCAGUGGCGCCAGGGCCAGCGCCGCAGGCCUCCCCACGGGUGCCCACCGACGCGCAGGCGACGGCCUCGAGUCCAGCGGCAGCGGCGCCCUCGACACCGCCCGCGCCAGCCGCGGCGCCCGCGACCCCAGGGAUGGGCGCGAGUGCGCCCAAGGCACUGGUGCGCGACCCUGUGGCGGAGAGCUCAGAGCCGAACGAGCGACAGAGGAUCGGCGCGCUGGCGCAGGCCCCCGAGGUCGUGGUCAUCGCGGCCCUCUCAGUCUGUGAGCUGGCGGUCUGCGAGGAGGACGACGAUCAGGAGGAGGACCUGCUCUGGGACCCGAUGCCGAGGGCUGAGGAGCGGUGUGAGGACUUGUGCGAGGCGCACGUGGGGCGCGCGAGCAGCCCGACUGGGGCCUCGCCCGAGCCGACGGUGAAUAUCCAUUGCGAUUACUACGCGGGCGAGCCCCUCGACGAGGAGAAGUGCCAUAAGGGCAAGGCAGACGAGCUCCAGGCCAUGGCCGAGUACGUCGUCUACCGCAAAGUCCGCAUCGCGGACUGCGAGCCUGGUGGCAAGCUCGUCGGGGGCUUCCCCAUCGCGCACGAGAAGGCUGGCGGGUUGCGCUGGCGCUUCGUGGCAACGGCGGUGGCCCACCGGCGCCGCGAGGGCAACCACCAGGGCACGCCGCCACUCGCGAUGAUUCGCGCGAUUCUCAGCUUGGCGGCCAGCAAGCCAGCGUUCUUCAAUAGCGACCUGACCGGGAAGAUCUACGUCCACCCAGGCAGCGAGCUGUGCGAGCGCGGCUACUGCUGGGAGCUGUUCAAGGCACUGUACGGGGCCCGCCUGGCCAGUCAGCUGCGGGGCGAGAACGUGAAGGCUACCUCGGGCGACGCUGGAGGCAGGGCGCUGAGGUGCGGCCCUGGCAUGUUCUACUUCGCCAACCUUUGCAGCGACGGCAACGACGCCACGAUGGGGGUCCACGGCGACGACUUCAUCGCGGAAGGCCACGUCGGGGCGCUAGACCAGCUGGACGACGUCCUGAGCGUGGAGUACGAGAUCACCUCGUCGCCGCCGCUGGGGCCUGGGCACCCUGGAGCCGCCCGCAACCUGACGCGCGUCUGCGGAUAUGUCGACCAGCUGCCCGAGACGAGGCUGCCAGGCUUUUUCUGGCACGCGGGCCCGAAGCACGUGACGGAGAUCGUCAAGUUCGGAUCCAAGGAGGGAGCCAGGGCGGUCGACGCACCAGGCGCCAUGGCGAUCGGGGCACAUCUACGAAAUGUGACGGACCCGAUGCCCACGACCGAGCCACGCAAGACAGCAUCAGCGGGAGGUCUCGCGCUCUACCUAGCAGCGGAGCGGCCCGACAUCAUGUUCGCGAGCAAGACCAUCAUGCAGGGCGUGAGCAGACCGAACUACCAGAUGAAUGCGAGGCUCAUGCGACUGGCCCGAUACCUCGAGGGCACGGUCAGAUUCGGCAGUCGCACCUGGGAGUACUACUCGGCCAGCCAGGCCACCCAGGCACUCUGCAGUGGCGAGUCGGAGUUCUACGCGCUCGGCUCGGUCGGGAUCGAGGUUCGCCUGGUGGUGGCCUCGGACAGCACGGCCGCGCGUGGCAUGGCCCAGCGGCGCGGAGUUGGCAAGGCCCGCCACGUGGAACUGCGCUACCCCUGGAUCCAAGAGCGGCUCCGACUCCAGAUGUUCGAGCUUGUGAAGGAGGACGCGCGGCAGAUGGUGGCGGACACCUUGACGAAGUCUGCGGGCGAGGAAAGCAUGGCGACGCACCUGCACGAGCUGAACCUGAGGAUGACGGGCGCAGCCAUGGUGGUGUCGACUCUACCGGCGAUCCCUGGCGCGAAAGGUGGCCAAGGACUAAAGCUUGAGGCAGUGCAGUCGGGGGUUUCCCCAUGGCUGCUGGUGAGUUUGGUCGUGGUGCUGUGUAGUAUCGCGCACCUCUGCGGCUGGUACGUGGGCAGGCACAAAGUGGUCGCCCAGACGGCCGAGGAGGAUCCAGGAGCGGCGCUGAUAGGCGAGAGGCACAGGCACCACGAGGAGUAUGCCGAAUCCAAGCAGAAGCAGAGCAUGCAGGCUGGAUGGAGGCUCGAAGAGCGGAGGUACAUCAUACGGGAGCUUCAGCGCCUGUGCGAGGUCUACACCGUCGGCGAGCUGCGGGAGCUGCUAGUCGAGCGCGGCCUGGUGCUCAAGGACGGCUACACGAGAAAGAAGGAGCUUGUUGAGUGUGCUGCGAGGAGCAGCCCGACGGAGAUGCAAGUGAUCACCCAGCUGACGAAUGAGCGGAAUGACCGCGGGAUUGACGUGAAGUGGCGUGCUCGCAUGCUGGCGAGCGGACGUGAGACCCAAAGGAUGCUCACCGCCACCGCGAAGGUCAUGAACCGCCUGCGGGAGCGCCUUCACUGA